UAAAAACACUCAUCAUCAUAUAAAGUUACCAUUUAGCAGGUUUUUCACCCUUUCAUUGCAAUACAAUUAUCAGCUAUGAUAUUAUGUCAUUAUUCUUUGUAAUUAUACAUUACAUCCCGGGAGUACCUUAAUAGGUAUACAUAUAUUUUUAUAGUAUUACUGCUUACUAUUGUUAAGCAAUUGUUACAUACGUGUUAUGAGAUAUGAUUAAACUGUUUAUAUUCCCACCGUAAUUAAAAAAACUCUUACUAAUAAUACUUCGAUAGUGUGUGUGUGUGUAUGUGUAUCAGUUCUCACCAAAAACCACUGCUGUCGAGUAAGGCGAAAAGAACCAUAAUAAUAAUAUCUGAGAUAUCUGGCGAAAGUGUUAUAAAGUUUUUUUUUUUUUUUGGUUGAUGACCAGCUGAUGUAUAAUAUAAUAAUUUAAUGUUCGGGAGAACGUGUGUGGUAGGAGAAAUGUGUGCCAGAAAAACAGAGAAUGAUUAUAUUAUUGUAUUGUUCGUAACGUUGGCUCUGAGAACCUGUUCGCUCAGCUACAGGUAUACACCAUGUAAUACAGAAAAUACGUGAACAGGUGUAGGCAUUCCGAGCCCGCCGCGACACGGGUACAUACGAGAAAACACCGUGACUAAUUCCGUGCACACCGACCGACAGACACAUGGACCGAUGACCUUACCUACAUGUUUCUUAACGAACGGUUAGUGUUGUCUUAACGCGCGCGCGAGCCGUGCGUACACCAUUACACACCUUCCUAUUCUGUACGCGUAAUUGUCCAAUGGAUACAUCGUUUCUACCCGGUACGGUUCGCGCGAACAUGUGUCGAGUGUUGUUGAUUUUUAUUACGUUUACCGUGAUGCACCGCGCAAACUGUCAGAGUUUAGGGAAGUGCCCGAAAAAAGAGACGAUGAAGACGUUCGACCCGAAAUUGUUCGAAGGCCAGUGGUACGAAGUGGAAAAAACAUUUUACAUGAUGGAGAUGACUGCUAGUUGUACUGCAUUUAAUUUCACUUUGAGUCCCGACGGAAUGUCGUUCAAAGUUCAGAUUGGAACGAAAAAUAGGAUAACAGGAAAUCCCAAUAUAUUUUCUGGGGUAGCCACACUCGUGUCGAAAAAUAAAUCUGUGCUCAACUAUCGAGCCGAAAGUCGACUGCCCGGUCUGUUUUCCCGUAUGCUACCGACCACUGGUUUGUAUCACAUCAUAUAUUCGGAUUACAAUAACUACACAAUAUUGUGGUCGUGCACGAGUUUUGGACUUUUCCAUACAGAUAUUAUUUGGGUUUUGGGAAGAGAGCGAGAUCUCACGGCGACAUCUCGUGCCGAGCUCUACGGUUUAUUAUACGAACUGAACAUCAAUCCCGAUCGACUAAUAUUGACAAAACACGAAAAAUGUGACGAUUUUUUUUAAUUUAAAAUAUUUUAUUUAAAAAAAGUACAUAUAUUUGACUUUUAAUACAUAUUGAAUAUGCUAGUCAGUACAGUGAAAACUAAAGGAUUCAUGGCAGCCCUGCGUAUAUACUAUUCUAAACUUAUGCGUAGCGAUUUCAAUAGUUUAAAAACAACGUACGAAAUGUUAUUUUGUGUUCAAAAAAUUCUCAUAAUAAUACGAAUUAUUUGGUUUGCUAGUAAUUGCAGUAAAUUAUAUAAUGCAAUGUACCUAAAUAAGAAAUAAGAAUACAAUAGUUCAUUCUAGUAAUAUUCAUUUAACGAGCCGAAAACUUGGUCGUUUUUCAUGUAAAGCUAUAAAAGUACUAGAAAUCCGUGUUACUUAUAUUUAUUUUUAUAUUGUAACCUAUGUACCUAAUUUAAAUUGUAUAUAGUGUAUUGAGAAAGCGAAAUUGAGAUGGUUAUAAUCAUGUAACUAUAUUUAUGCUUAAAAUAUAUGCUUUCCUUUCUACUGUACAUUAAAUUUUUUUUUUAUUUCAUAGAUAUUUGAAUAAAGUAUUUUUCAAUAUUUUUCAA